GGUAGCUAGCGCUUCGUUACCAGCACAGUUUACAUACAGCAACCGAAGUGUUUUGAACUAUCCAGAGGGGAUUUAUUGGAUAAAUAAUUUCUCGUACGCGUAGAUGAAAACAUUAACGAAAUUUACGGUAUAUAGUUGUACAACUUUAGCGCAAGAUAAGUGCUUAUAUUGGACAUUUAACGUUAAUGUUAGUUAGCUAACAGUUUCUGUUAAACCUAGCUAACGUUAGCAACAAGUCUGGGACAUCAGCUACACUGUGUUUACCAGCCCGAGCUUAAUGUAAACUUUUUGUUUUGUCGCCAACGUGACACUACAGUAUCGCAAAUAAUGUGUAUGCGACAUUUAUAAAUUAAAAAAAUGUCACUGGAAGCUGUAUGUAAACUUUAAUGCAACUUGAACGAGCUUUCGUAAAGCUGGCCAGUCACAUGCACAUCUGUGCUUAUCUCCUGAUAACUAAGCAAAUGAAUGCUAACUGACUCAUCUGCUGCCUACGCUACAGAGUAUGAUAAACACAAUGCCCUGACAGUGCGCUCCGUUUGUAGGAAUUAACGACUUUCAGUAAGUGAAUAGUGAGUUCAUCAGCUGUUCGCCAUGGCAAGUGCCUUAGCAGCGAAAAUGGGAUUUAACUCAUUGAUGAGAAAACAAGCCAGAAACUUCAACGUCAGGAUCUGCACGAUGGAGUCAGACAUGGAGUUCAGCUGCGAGUUCAAGUGGAAAGGAAAGGACCUUUUUGACUUGGUGUGCCGGACUCUGGGACUGAGGGAGACGUGGUUUUUCGGGCUCCGGUACAACGCCAAGGACACAGUUGCUUGGCUGAAAAUGGAAAAGAGGGUUCUGGAUCAGGAGAUACCGAAGGAGGAACCAAUCACCUUUCACUUCCUGGCCAAGUUUUACCCUGAAAAUGCAGAGGAGGAGCUGGUGCAAGAUAUAACACAGCAUCUCUUCUUCCUUCAGGUGAAGAAGAAGAUCCUUGAGGAGGAGAUUCACUGUCCACCUGAGGCCUCUGUGCUGCUGGCCUCCUACGCUGUUCACGCCAAGUAUGGAGACUACGAUCCUAGUGUUCACAAACCUGGCUUCUUGGCUGAGGAGGAGCUGCUGCCAAAGAGGGUGAUUAACUUGUACCAGAUGACUGCAGAAAUGUGGGAGGAGAGAAUCACAGCAUGUUAUGCAGAGCACAGGGGCAGGACAAGGGAUGAAGCUGAGAUGGAGUAUUUAAAAAUAGCUCAGGACCUGGACAUGUAUGGCGUCAAUUACUUUUUAAUCAGGAAUAAAAAGGGAACAGAUCUUCUUCUGGGAGUGGACGCCCUGGGUCUGCACAUCUACGAGCCGGACAACAGGCUGACACCCAAGUGCUCCUUCCCUUGGAAUGAGAUCCGCAACAUCUCCUACAGCGACAAGGAGUUUACCAUCAAACCUCUGGACAAGAAAACCAAUGUUUUCAAGUUCAACUCUUCACGGCUGAGAGUCAACAAGUUGAUCCUCCAGUUGUGUAUAGGGAACCAUGACCUGUUUAUGCGCCGGCGCCGGGUGGACUCACUUGAGGUGCAGCAGAUGAAGUCUCAGGCCAGAGAGGAGAGGGCCAGAAAACAGGUAGAGAGGCAGCGUCUGCAAAGGGAGAAGCAGCUGCGUGAGGAGGCAGAGAGAGCCAGGGAUGAGCUGGAAAGGAGACUGAUUCAGCUGCAGGAUGAGGCUCACAUGGCUAAUGACGCAUUGCUGCGUUCAGAGCAGACGGCGGACCUGCUGGCUGAAAAGGCCCAGAUCGCGGAGGAGGAGGCUAAGCUGCUGGCCCAGAAAGCUGCCGAGGCCGAGACAGAGAUGCAACGCAUCAAAGUGACUGCCAUCCGUGGCCAGGAGGAACGGAGGCUCAUGGAGCAGAAGAUGCUGGAGGCAGAGAUGCUGGCCCUCAAGAUGGCCGACGAAUCGGAGAGGAGGGCCAAGGAGGCUGAGCAGCUGAAACAGGACCUGCAGGAAGCCAGGGAGUCAGAGCGCAGGGCAAAGCACAAGCUGCUGGAGAUUACCAGCAGGGCUGUCUAUGCGUCCCCAGGACUGGCACCUGACAGCAUGCCGCCCGACCUGAGCUUCAGCAGGGAGAACCUCAGCUUUGAUUUUAAAGAUACCGACAUGAAACGCCUCUCCAUGGAGAUUGAGAAAGAGAAGGUAGAGUACAUGGAGAAGAGCAAGCACCUGCAGGAGCAGCUGAAUGAGCUGAAGACAGAGAUUGAAAGUCUGAAGAUGAAGGAGAGGGAGACUCCUCUGGACAUCAUUCACAACCAGAACACUGAGCAGGGGACCAGCAAGCACAGCAACUUUAAAAAGCUUACACUACAGAGCACCAAGACCAGGGUGGCCUUCUUCGAGGAGCUCUAAACUAAAUAUCUGUAAAGGUGAGGAUGCACAACUGCCAAGAGCCUCACGACUCUACAUUCCUGGUCAGUUUAAAUGAUUGACCACACUACAGGAGCUGAUGCUCCACUUCCUGGGAAACCACUAAGAAAACACAAAGAAAUGACCACUGCCUUCGUCUGCACCAACUCCAGGGGCCUCGUGUGUACGCACAAACAAGGAUACAUGCAUAAUGUUGCUGCACUAAAUCCCCGAUUCAUGAAAAAUUGAGUGUGUGUUUACAGUAAGAGUGUGUGGAAUACAGCACAUUCUCCACAAAUAUUUUGAAGUGAACUUUGGUGUGGGUUUUAUUAGAGUCAAAGAACAAAGGUAAACGAUGCAGAGAGAAAUCAAAAUGGUCUUUGACUGCUGCGGUUCCACUGUGGCUCUAAUGAGACAGUAUUUGUGGAGUUCAGGAUGGUUAUUAUAUCAUGUUUAAAUGGGAUGACCUACAUUAUUUGACUGCCGAGCUGUUUUGAAAUUCAAAUAGGAAUAAAACACUAAGGGAUAACGUUGAACGAGAAAAUGAAUUGAUUAUAUGGCUGAUAUGCUGUCCUUACCUUAAUAUCAAAUAUGUGAUAUCGAAUAGUUACAGGCAGCAAAACACUGUGUUGUCCUGGACUGCCUUGUACUUGCCUUUUACAGAUUAUUUGAUUCAUAAUGGCAACAAAUUCCUGUAUGUAUUAUUUUUUUACUUAAAGGAAUACAAAACCACCUAAAUUAUCAUUUGUGUAUCAAUAAGUCACCCUGUGUUAUGUUGAAUUCAUGAAGAAAUCUUUUUCUUGCCUGCCCCAGGUGAACGAAGAAUCCAAAUACGGAGAAAAUUCUUGAUAAAUUGAAGUCGACAACAGCAAAACUAUAUCAAAACAUCAGUUUACAAACUCUCACAACUUGUGCAGAAUAAUUCAAGUCUCAUUUAUCAAGUUGUAUGCUUAGUACUUCCCAAACAGACAAACCUUUCUGUCGGGGAACUGAACGAAAAGUAAAACUUUUCAAUGCUCCGACAGACUCUGUUUACAAAAACGGUAAUUUUACUUCACUGAACACAGGAGCUGCUGGUCUACCACUGCCUCGAUCAGUUAGUCAGGUUAUGUUAAGCCCAGUUCAGACCAAAGAUUCGCGACAAGACGAGUUGAAACAAGCAAUUAAUUGCAACACGCCAUUCUGCAACGUUCUAAAAACCUUCUGGUUCACACCAAUGCAACUAGAUGAGAUGGUGUAUCAUCUCUAUGCAACAACUCUCUGUACUUCUGUUCUGAUUUCCAGCUUUUCAGGCUUAUUUUGUGGCUGAAUAUAAUUUGUAGCUACUUAGAAUAUGAAUGAGGAUAGUUACUGGCUACUAGGGCUGAGCGACAUAACGACUGUCGUUUGUAUCGAUAAAGCGUCAAGUUGCGUUACAUAGAGCAUACCAGUGUGCAUCUGUCCUCUCAGCUCUGCCCCACUCACUCAUUCACAAGUUCUCCAGCAACACUCAGAGAGACACAGAGCUGCUCCUCUCUUUAAUCUGUCCGUUAAUUACAGUGCCACAUCGGUCUAUAUGUUGCACAUGCUACGCUAAAUCAGUCCGUGAGAUGAAUGAAAUGACUGCAGCACACGUGCAAUCCAGUGCUGCGUUACUAGUUUGUGUGUGAGGUGGAUCAUAGCAUGUCGCUGUUCUUCUAGGUAGUUGUCGUCUAAUGUGUGACAUGGAGACAGUGCCUGGAUGCAGGCGACAGAUCUGUUUUAAAAAAUGCAGCGACAGCACAGACAUUUUAUAUACAAGAUGUAUAUAACACGGACAAAGUGUCUCACUCCUUCCCUCCCUCUGCCUCUCUGUUGAUGCUCUGUGCAUAAAUAAGAUUAAUGGCCUACAUAAAUAGAAACAUUUAAAUCAUUUUCCAGCACUUGAUUCAUUUGAAAGGCCAACAGAUGGAAAACAACUUUUUAAUUCCCCCACAAAUAUUUCUAAUUGUUCCAAACUCCAGUGGAUUUAGACCUACCUGAUACUUUUAUAGUCAUGUUAUAGGCAUAAACACAAACAGCUAGCAGCAGCAGCAGCAGCAGCAGCAGCUACCCAUCAUCUGACACCGACAACCCAUGAGGAUGGAAACAGAGGGAUUGGUGGGGACAGACGUAUAGACGUAUACCUUCUGUGAUCAUUCUAACUUGACCAGCAGUCUUCACUACAAGCCGAUUGGCUGUAGAAACAGGUGACAUGCUUUAUGUUCUAAAACCAGCAACCAGAGAGAGAUUUGACCAGCUGAGUUGCAGGUGACAUCAUCAGCUGCCUUGAGUCGAGCUCAGACACCGCUGCAACUUUUCUCUGCAACGUUCUAAAACAGUUUUGUCUCGUCCCAAGUCUAUGGUCUGUCACACAGUAACACAAACUACUGAUUGUGAUACAGUUUUGCUGUUGUUAAACGUGAAACUUUAUGACUUCAAUUCAUUAUGAAAUUGUCUCAGUGUUUGGAUUCUUCUUUCACUGCAGGCAUACGAAUAACAACACAGGGUGAGUAAUUGAUGUACAAAUGGUCAUUUGGGGGUGACGUACUUCUCCAAUACCUCCAUGCUGCCUUAAUUUUUUUGUUUCAAUGAAAUGAUUAAAUAACAUAUUGAAUUUUAAAGCAGUAAAAAUGAGGCAUUUCUUUGCCAUGAUACAUUUAAACAGCCAUUUAUUACUAAUGGCUGGAGUCGAUGGGCUGUGCAGGAUAUUAAGCGUCUUCUCGACACAAAAAUCCACUUCUGUGAUUUAUAACAAGCAGUUUGUAUCGGUUGUGUUGUGUGAGCAGUGUUUUUUAAAUCUCUGAAUUUGUGUCCAUGUUUGUGGUUUUAUGCAACUUUUUUAUGGUGAAUGUAACAAAGUGUUGUACAUGAGGCCUUCGGACCUGCGUUUACAUCGUGUAUGCACACAGAAGUCAUGUUACAUAUCUGUUGCUGCCUCACAAGCAGGUGAUUAGGAAGUCCUCCUUACACAAGGCAGCGAGUGCACUACGCUCUGCUCUCGAAGGUGAAGAGAUGAUCGUUUGUAAUAGGCCGUUCUUAGAAUUCAAACUGGAUGAAGGAAAUGUGAUUCCUGGAUGUGAGCUUGUGUCACAUCCAUCUCUUUUUUUUUUUGUGAAGACAACCACUUUUUCGAAACAUGAAUUUGCAUCUAUUUUGAAUUAAUGUGUCGUUUUGAAUUAAUGUGUUCUUUCCCUUUGAAAGCAAUUUAUUUUGGGGAGAAUUAUAAUGUGAAGAAAAUAUAUAUUUUUUUCUUCUUGUCUACAUUUAACAAGGAUAGUACGCAGUAUUUAAAAUGAAACUUUGGGUGAAGUUACAGUACCUUUUACUACUAAAUGUACAUUUUGACAGAAACAUUGUACCAGAUAUGUUCAGCAUGUAAAAUAAAAUGAAUAUCAG